GUUCUUUAUCUCCCUCCGAUCUUUGUUGGAACAUACUCCAGAGCAAUGGUGGAAAACAUGUAUGAAAUGAUCAAAGACGUCCCCCAGAAGGUGACGUUUCCAGUUCAUGCUCUGCUCGUCCGCAGUGGUUGGCAGCACCUCAGCUGGUUGCUUAACCAGUCGCCAAGGUUCUCCUUGACUCUGUGGCAGGGUGAACAGCACCCAAACAUCAGUGACCUGCUGUUUGUCCGGGACAACACCCAACCUGCAGAGGUCUACUACGACAUCUAUGAGCCAACGCUGUCAGAGUUUAAAGAGGCUGCAA